GGCUCGCCAUGCCCACCAACUUCACCGUGGUGCCCGUGGAGGCGCGGGCGGACGGCGGCCAGGAGGAGGCGGCGGGGCCGAACGAGGCGCCAGGCCCGCCCGAGGGCGGCGAGCCCGACCGCCCGAGCCUGGGAGACGGACACCCCAGGGAGAGCAGCCCGUUCAUCAGCCAUGGGGAGGCGGACGCAGAGAGCAUCUACGAAGGGAAGAACAUGGCGCUGUUCGAGGAGGAGAUGGACAGUAACCCCAUGGUGUCCUCGCUGCUCAACAAGCUGGCCAACUACACUAACCUGAGUCAGGGUGUGGUGGAGCACGAGGAAGCAGAGGACAGCCGGCGGCGCCAGGCCAAGAGCCCCGGCAUGGGCACAUUCAUCGGCGUCUACCUGCCCUGCCUGCAGAACAUCUUGGGCGUGAUCCUCUUCCUGCGCCUCACGUGGAUCGUGGGGGCGGCUGGCGUGCUGGAGUCCUUCCUGAUCGUAUCCAUGUGCUGCACCUGCACGAUGCUGACCGCCAUCUCCAUGAGUGCGAUCGCGACCAAUGGCGUGGUCCCAGCGGGCGGCUCGUACUACAUGAUAUCCAGGUCUCUGGGGCCGGAGUUCGGCGGGGCCGUGGGCCUCUGCUUCUACUUGGGCACCACGUUUGCAGGGGCCAUGUACAUUCUGGGGACCAUUGAGAUUUUCUUGACCUACAUCUCGCCCGGCGCGGCCAUCGUGCACCCCGAGGGCGCAGGGGGCGAGGCCACAGCCCUGCUGCACAACAUGCGCGUGUACGGGACCUGCACGCUGGCCCUCAUGGCCACGGUGGUCUUCGUGGGCGUCAAGUACGUCAACAAGCUGGCUCUGGUGUUCCUGGCCUGUGUGGUGCUCUCCAUCCUUGCCAUCUAUGCCGGCGUCAUCAAGACUGCCUUCGACCCGCCCGACAUCCCGGUCUGUCUGCUGGGGAACCGCACACUGUCCCGACGUGGCUUCGACAUCUGUGCCAAAGUCCACACCGCCAACAACAUCUCGGCGACCACCGCGCUGUGGAGCGUUUUCUGCAACGGCUCCGCGGACAGCACUUCCUGUGACCAGUACUUUCUCCACAACAACAUCACCGAGAUCCAGGGCAUCCCGGGUGUGGCCAGCGGUGUCCUCCUGGACAACCUGUGGAGCGCGUAUGCAGACAAGGGGGCGUUCGUGGAGAAGAAGGGGGUGCCCUCGGUGGCUGUGCCGGAGGAGGCCCGAGCCCGCGGGCUGCCCUACGUGCUAACCGACAUCAUGACCUAUUUCACCAUGCUGGUCGGCAUCUACUUCCCAUCCGUGACCGGCAUCAUGGCGGGCUCAAACCGGUCCGGGGACCUCAGGGAUGCACAGAAGUCCAUCCCCACGGGGACCAUCCUGGCCAUCGUGACCACGUCUUUCAUUUACCUGUCCUGCAUCGUGCUUUUCGGCGCCUGCAUCGAAGGCGUGAUCUUGCGAGAUAAGUUCGGGGAGGCCCUGCAGGGGAACCUCGUCAUUGGCAUGCUGGCCUGGCCGUCGCCCUGGGUCAUCGUCAUCGGCUCCUUCUUCUCCACCUGUGGGGCCGGCCUGCAGAGCCUGACCGGGGCCCCGCGCCUGCUGCAGGCCAUCGCCCGGGACUCCAUCGUCCCCUUCCUGCAGGUGUUCGGCCACGGGAAGGCCAACGGGGAGCCCACAUGGGCCCUGCUGCUCACAGCCCUCAUCUGCGAGACCGGCAUCCUCAUCGCCUCCCUGGACAGCGUGGCCCCCAUCCUGUCCAUGUUCUUUCUCAUGUGCUACAUGUUCGUGAACCUGGCCUGCGCCCUGCAGACCCUGCUGCGCACGCCCAGCUGGCGCCCGCGCUUCAAGUACUACCACUGGACGCUGUCCUUCCUGGGCAUGAGCCUGUGCUUUGCCCUGAUGUUCAUCUGCUCCUGGUACUACGCGCUGUGUGCCAUGCUCAUCGCCGGCUGCAUUUACAAGUACAUCGAGUACCGCGGGGCGGAGAAGGAGUGGGGAGACGGCAUCCGCGGGCUGUCGCUGAACGCCGCCCGCUACGCCCUGCUCCACGUGGAGCACGGCCCGCUGCACACCAAGAACUGGAGGCCCCAGGUGCUGGUCCUGCUGAACCUGGACGACGAGCAGUGCGUGAAGCACCCCCGCCUGCUCUCCUUCACCUCACAGCUCAAGGCCGGCAAGGGCCUGACCAUCGUGGGCUCCGUGCUGGAGGGCACCUUCCUGGACAAGCACGCGGAGGCCCAGCAGGCCGAGGAGAACAUCCGGGCCCUGAUGAGCGCUGAGAAGACCAAGGGUUUCUGCCAGCUGGUGGUGUCGUCCAGCCUGCGGGACGGCACGUCGCACCUCAUCCAGUCGGCCGGCCUGGGGGCCAUGAAGCACAACACGGUGCUUGUGGGCUGGCCCGGGGCCUGGAAGCGGGAGGACAACCCCUCCUCCUGGAGGAACUUCGUUGACACCGUGCGUGAUGCCACGGCCGCACAGCAGGCCCUGCUGGUGGCUAAGAACGUGGACCUGUUCCCGCACAACCAGCAGCGCUUGAGCGGCGGGCACAUCGACGUCUGGUGGAUCGUCCACGACGGGGGCCUGCUCAUGCUGCUGCCCUUCCUCCUGCGGCAGCACAAGGUGUGGAGGAAGUGCCAGAUGCGCAUCUUCACGGUGGCCCAGGUGGACGACAACAGCAUCCAGAUGAAGAAGGACCUGCAGACCUUCCUGUACCACCUGCGGAUCAGCGCCGAGGUGGAGGUGGUGGAGAUGGUGGAGAGCGACAUCUCGGCCUUCACCUACGAGCGGACGCUGGUGAUGGAGCAGCGCUCGCAGAUGCUGAAGCAGAUGCAGCUGUCCAAGACGGAGCGGGAGCGCGAGGCUCAGCUGAUCCACGACAGGAACACGGCCUCCCACUCGGCCAUGGCUGCCAGGGCCCAGGCCCCGCCCACGCCCGACAGGGUGCAGAUGACCUGGACGAAGGAGAAGCUGGUCGCUGAGAAGCAUCGGAACAAGGACGCCACUGUGUCCGGGUUCAAGGACCUCUUCAGCUUGAAGCCAGAAUGGGGAAACCUGAACCAGUCCAACGUGAGGAGGAUGCACACGGCCGUGCGGCUCAACGGCGUCGUCCUCGACAAGUCCCAGGACGCCCAGCUGGUCCUGCUGAACAUGCCGGGGCCCCCCAAGAACCGGCAGGGGGACGAGAACUACAUGGAGUUCCUCGAGGUCCUGACCGAGGGGCUGAACAGGGUGCUGCUGGUCAGGGGCAGUGGCCGGGAGGUGGUCACCAUCUAUUCCUAGGGCCCUGAUCCUGCAGGCAGGCGUGCUGAUGGAGCCGCAGAGCGCGCUGGCUGGCACUGGCAUCCCGUGGAAGUCGCUAGAAUGCCCCCAGGCGCUCCUGUCAAGGCCGAGUGUCGGCAUGCACUCAAGCUUUCCUUGUGUCCACCCCCCCGAGCCCCUCCCUCCCUCCCUCCCUCCAGGAAGCUGGCGGAGACUGGAACGCAGCAGCCACCUCAUGUGGCCCAGCGAGGCGGGAAGCACCUGGAUGGACACUCAGAACUGACUCCCAGAGGCGGGAAGCCCCUGGACGGACUCAGAGCUGACUCCCCGAGGCGGGAAGCCCCCAGAUGGACUCUCAGAGCUGACUCCCCAGCUGGGCCUUUGGGCUGAUGCGCACUUAGGGUUACUCUGAGCCCUGCUCCAGGUGCCCCCGAGGAGCCGCACAGACCCUGGGUGGCCCUGGGCGCUGGGUCUCCCCAGCUGCAGCCCCGCCUGGGUUUAGGCUCCGGGGAACGGCAGGAGACGGCGGGGACGCCUUUGGGACCUAGAGCCCCGCACGCGUGAGCGUCUGAAGCACACUUGCCCCAGCGACCCCAGUUCCCACUCCUCACACUGGAGGAGUCGGGCUGCGGCCAAGGCACCCAGCCCCGUUCAGAGUACUGACAGGUGGCCCCAGGCCGCUGACGCGACGCCUUCCAGUGGCUGGCUGUGUCUGCACUUUGCGCGCGCCGUCACACCCACUGUGCGUUGCUGGAGUAACUUGUGUGCCUCACUUUCCUUACGGCUUAUUUAUUUAUUUAAACACUGAGGGGCGGGGGGUUCACUGGUAAAAGCUGUCUGUACGGAGAUCGCUUCGAUGGAAGGGGCCCCAAAUGGCCCAGCCUUGCUGCCACUGGCUUCUGUGGGCUUCCAAGGAAUCGGCCUGGUCCAUGGAUUUCAGGUCAGGCGGGGCUGAGCUUCCGGACGCGCCCGAGGGGUGCUUGGGCAGCGUGCAGCGGCCACAGCUAGUGCCAAAUACCACGGGUGGGCGGGGGUCUGGUUCAGGGCUGAGUUAGCAGGGAAACCCAGCCCAGUGGCUUCCGGCCCCCUCUUGCAUCUGGGGAGGGCCCGCGGGCCCCGCUCCCGAGUCCUGUGGCCCCGGCUGGCGUGGGGUAGGGGCACGCGGCCCCCUGCCCUGUCUGUGUCUUCACCGGCGGCCUUUCCACCGUCAGCCAUGGAACC